AUGUCAGAGCUUCACGUCAUAGGUCAAAUUAUCGGUGCUAAUGGUUUCCCGAAUAACUCUCUCUUCUGUAAAUGGGGAAUUCAUGCAGGUGGUGCAUGGAAAAUUCUCAGUGGUUUGAAAGAAGGCCAAACUCAGAUCGAUAAUCCAGAAUUAGACGACAUGUCCUGUUGGGCUCAUCCUAUAGAUAUUCAUUUUGCUACAAAAGGGUUGCAAGGCUGGCCAAAGAUUCACUUCCAGGUAUGGUAUAGAGAUUCAAUAGGCAGAAAUGAAUUGUACGGUUAUGGUUAUUGCCAUAUUCCCACUUCUCCAGGCAUACACCAGAUUGAAUGCACAACUUGGCGACCUGUGGGCACUUACUGGGAGCAAAUAAGUUCUGCAUUCCUUGGUGGAGGACCUCAACUUAAAAAUCCCGAUUUGAUAUAUGAUGGCAGUGACAGAUUUAAGCUUAAAACUCAAGCCAUGGGCGUCAUUCACUUGGAAUUAAGUAUCAUCACGAGAAACUUCGAAAAAUAUGGCGUCGAAAGUUAA